GGGCUGGGUCCUGAGGCUGGUGGUGCAUGGGGGUCAUGGCUGUCUUCUUCCCCCAGGUCUGAGAGCUCUGCCCCUCUGCCUCAGCUGCUGCCCACUUUUUUGCCUUUCCAUGAAGCCCAGCCGGCCACACCUGGAGAUGAGUGUUUACAGGUAGCAGCCUAAGGACGCGAAGUGGAAACCUGGCAACCUGGGGCCUCCCUGCGUCCGGCAGCCUGGCAACUGCCAUGUGGUGCCCAGCACUGGCUUGGGUGCUGCAGUACAGGGAGGGUGUGGCUCUUCUCUCCCCUGGGGCUGGUUUCCAGGAGGUUAGGCCAGCCCUGCAGGUGACACUGGUGCUUGGGCUCCUGCUGAGCAGUUCUCUCCUUCGAGUAACAGAACCAGGGAGGGAGGUGGGCUGCGGCCUCCCCUGCCCACUACUGUCAUCUCCUGUAGCUCCCACCAUGCUGGACUCAUCAGCAGUAGAGCAAGUGACCCGACUGACGCUGAAGCUCUUAAGACAGAAGCUGGAGCAAGAACGGGAGAACCUGGAAGGGGGGCCUGGGGGCCUCCACCUCGAGCCAGGAAAUGAGGACCGGCCGGAUGACGCCCUGCAGACUGCUCUGAAGAGAAGGAGGGAGCUUCUGCAGAGACUCCAGGAACAGCACCUCCUGGACGAGCUUUCUCGGGCACAGGCCUGGACUGCAGCAAGCAGAGGAGCCCUCGGGUCAGCGCUGCCCCCAGAGCUGACCCCCACAGGCGUCCUACCUGCUGCCUCCCCACCUCCGCUGACCCCAGACCCACCAAGGAUCCUCCUGCCUACGGUCCCCCAGCCUCCUGCCACCAUCAUUCAGCAGCUACCUCAGCAGCCGCUCAUAGCACAGAUUCCCCCUCCCCAGGUGUUCCCUACCCAAAGGUCAGGAAGUAUUAAGGAAGACAUGGUGGAGCUGCUGCUGCUGCAGAAUGCACAGGUGCACCAGCUGGUCCUGCAGAACUGGAUGCUCAAGGCCCUGCCUCCAGCCCCACAGGACCCACCAUGUGUGGCCCCGGGGGUCCCACGAGCUGCCAGGCGGAAGCUGCCUGCCGUGCACCACCACCACCACCACCACCACCAUGCCACGUGGCUGCCAGGGGCUGCCACUGUCCUCCAGCCCACACCCAGCCCGUGGAUGCCAGGCCCACCCUGAGCGGCAUCGCCGGCUCACCUGGAGCCUCAGGUCCCCCUCUUCCAUCACGGAGGUAAAGUCCAGGCCGUGGACACCGCCAGAUGAGGAUCCUGAAAUAAAGAUUUCAUCCAGAAAGAGUUUAAGAAAGCUUCAGCUCAGGAGCAUAAUAGAAAAGAUCAAUCAAUACCUUUAGCCACAUGGAAGUCUGAACAUCCUGACGGGAAAAAUACCACAAAAUCAAACUUAAUAACUGGGGCCUGUUUGCCGCAGGUGUGGAACAGACUCCACCAAAGAAGUUGGGGUGCUGCGUGGCUCAGGCCUGUAAUCCCAGCACUUUGGGAGGCUGAGG